AUGUGUGGCAUACUUGCUGUACUUGGUUGCUCUGAUGAUUCACAAGCUAAACGAGUUCGCAUACUUGAGCUUUCUCGCAGAUUGAAGCACCGUGGGCCAGACUGGAGUGGGCUCCACCAACAUGGUGAUAACUAUUUGGCUCAUCAAAGGUUAGCCAUUGUUGAUCCUGCUUCUGGUGAUCAACCUCUCUUCAAUGAAGACAAAUCCAUUAUUGUCACGGUGAAUGGAGAAAUCUACAAUCAUGAAGAGCUCAGAAAACAAUUGCCUAAUCACACGUUUCGUACGCAAUGCGACUGUGAUGUUAUUGCGCACCUGUAUGAGGAGUAUGGAGAAAACUCUGUGGAUAUGUUGGACGGUAUAUUUUCGUUUGUUCUGCUGGAUACUCGCGACAACAGUUUCAUAGUUGCAAGGGAUGCUAUAGGUGUUACUUCCUUGUACAUUGGUUGGGGACUAGAUGGUUCUGUUUGGAUUGCAUCAGAAUUGAAAGGACUGAAUGAUGAAUGUGAACAUUUUGAAGUUUUUCCACCUGGUCACUUAUACUCGAGCAAAGAAAGAGAGUUUCGUCGAUGGUACAAUCCUCCAUGGUUCAACGAGGCUAUUAUUCCGUCAACACCUUAUGAUCCUCUAGUUUUGAGGACCGCCUUUGAAAAGGCUGUGAUAAAGAGGUUGAUGACUGAUGUGCCUUUCGGUGUUUUACUAUCGGGUGGUUUGGAUUCUUCGUUGGUCGCAUCUGUCACUGCUAGAUACCUUGCUGAUACAAAAGCUGCUAAGCAGUGGGGAGCAAAGUUACACUCUUUCUGUGUAGGCCUUAAGGGUGCACCUGACCUGAAGGCUGGAAAAGAGGUAGCAGAUUUCUUAGGAACUGUCCAUCAUGAAUUUCAGUUUACUAUUCAGGAUGGUAUAGAUGCAAUUGAAGAUGUCAUCUAUCACACAGAAACCUACGAUGUCACUACAAUAAGGGCCGCAACGCCUAUGUUUCUGAUGUCUCGUAAGAUCAAAUCAUCAGGAGUCAAAAUGGUUAUUUCUGGAGAAGGAUCUGACGAAAUCUUUGGAGGGUAUCUGUAUUUCCAUAAAGCACCAAACAAAGAAGAGUUUCACCAAGAAACGUGCCGCAAGAUCAAAGCUCUUCAUAGGUAUGAUUGUUUGAGAGCCAAUAAAUCAACUUAUGCAUGGGGUCUAGAAGCUAGAGUGCCAUUUUUGGACAAGGACUUUAUCAAGGCUGCAAUGGACAUUGAUCCUGAGUUUAAAAUGAUAAAACAUGAUGAAGGAAGAAUUGAGAAAUGGAUUCUAAGAAAGGCCUUUGAUGAUGAAGAGAAUCCAUAUCUGCCUAAGCACAUUUUAUAUAGACAGAAGGAACAAUUCAGUGAUGGAGUUGGAUAUGGCUGGAUUGAUGGCAUCAAAGACCAUGCAGCAAAACAUGUCACUGACAAAAUGAUGUUCAAUGCAUCUCACAUCUUUCCUUUCAACACUCCAAAUACCAAAGAAGCAUAUUACUAUAGAAUGAUCUUUGAAAGAUUUUUCCCUCAGAACUCGGCAAGGCUGACAGUUCCUGGAGGACCUAGUGUUGCAUGCAGCACAGAAAAAGCUAUUGAAUGGGAUGCUUCUUGGUCAGGCAACCUUGAUCCAUCUGGUAGAGCAGCACUUGGAGUGCAUGUUUCAGCUUAUGAAAACCAAAUCAACCCAAUUACAAAAGGUGUAGAGCCAGAGAAGAUUAUACCAAAAAUAGGAGUUUCUCCUCUUGGAGUUGCCAUUCAAACCUAG